AUGACACCCAAGGCUAUUUCCGAUUUCCCCUUACCGGUACCCGCGUUAACUACCAGUCAUAUCUCAAGCUCAAAACCCAUCAAUCGAAGAUUAUUCGCUUUUGUUUUUGCUUUUGCCAGCUGCAUUGGUCUGCUCUCUUCCCGUUGGAACCCUUAUUUCAUCACCAGAACGCUCGAGAUUCACUCUCAACCUCGACUUCGUAAUCCUUCAUUUCUAAUCGAAGCGCAGAAUGGAGCUGUUGCUUCCGAGAAUGUUAGAUGCUCAGAGAUGGGAGUGCGGAUCAUGAAGGAAGGAGGCAACGCGAUUGAUGCUGCGGUCGCGUCCUGUAUGUGCAUUGGAGUCGUUAACAUGUUUUCGGCUGGUCUUGGUGGUGGUGGUUUUCUGGCGGUUCGGAUUCCUCCCUCUAGUUCCAAUACCUCGUCGGAGGUGUUCGUUGUCGAUUUCAGAGAGACUGCACCUUCGCUUGCCAAUGAAACAAUGUUUCCCGCUGGUGGGAACUCAUCCCAGUUUGGGGGACUGGCAGUAGCUGUACCCGGAGCAGUCCGUGGACUAGCAGAGGCCCAUCGGAGAUGGGGAAAACUUUCUUGGAAGCAAGUCAUUGAACCUUCAGCGGAGCUUGCUCUUGGAUGGGAAGUAGACGUGGAACUAGCAAGGCGCAUUACAUUUUAUCCGGAUUUAAUGCUCAAUAAUCCAGAUUGGAAUUCUACAUUCGCUCCUCAUGGUGCUUUACUUAAAGAAGGCGAACUAAUUCGCCGACCUAACUUAUCUCGAACAUUAUCUAUCAUUGCUUCUGAAGGCCCCGAAAGCUUCUACAAGGGCCCUAUUGCGGACUCCUUGGUUCGCAAAAUUCAAGCCACAGGCGGCAUCAUAUUCAAGGAAGAUUUCGAAAAUUAUACAGUAAAUGUCUACCCAGCUUUAGAGGGCCGUUAUGUAGACAAGAAAAUCUACGUUUCUGGCGCUCCUACAGCCGGACCAGUUUUGUUGCACAUGCUCAAUAUUCUUGAGGCGUACGAUUUCAACCAGACCACUGGCCUCAAUGUUCAUCGAUUGGUUGAAUCAAUGAAAUUUGGAUUUGCAGCCCGGACACAUUUAAGUGACCCAGCUUUCCGUAAUGACACUGGGACUAUUCAUCAAAUUCAUACGAAAGCAUAUGCUGAUUUUAUACGAGAAAACCUAACGGAUGAUCGCACACACGCGGCACAAUAUUAUAAUCCGUUAUUUGACAUGCCUGAAGACCAUGGGACGAGUCAUAUUUCCGUUGUCGACAAGGAUGGAAUGGCAGUGGCACUGACUGAUACGGUCAACACAGUCUUUGCGUCCCAGGUGCUCGAUCCUGAGACGGGCAUCAUUCUGAAUAACGAGAUGGAUGACUUCAGCGUUCCUGGCACGCCCAAUGCCUUUGGAUUAUGGCCUUCACCUUACAACUAUCCAGAGCCAAGAAAACGCCCAUUAUCUUCGACCGUCCCUGUCAUAGUAGAGAAUGCAGACGGAUCCUUUUAUCUUUCUGUAGGUGGUGCUGGCGGCUCGCUCAUUUUUACGGCAAUUCUUCAAGUUUUUCUUCACCUUUUACAAGGCAUGAAUCUCCUUGAGGCAGUUGAGCAUGGACGUCUGCAUGAUCAAAUCUAUCCUGCCGUCACGGUGGCCGAUAACAUCUACCCUGAGGAUUUAUUGGACGCUCUACGAGUCAGAGGACACAAUGUGACUGUAUUUGACAUAAAUCGGAUUUCAUCAGUCAUCAAUAUCGUAGUCCAGCACAAGAACGCCAAUGCAGCUGUAAGCGAUGCAAGAAAGAACGGAAUUGCAGCUGGAUACUAG